AACUUCAAUACCGUCAUUUUAAUUUUCGUGAACUUAAGUGUUUCAAACCAAAUGUUAUAAUGUCCGUAUUUAAUCUGGCUAAAUUACCGGCAGUGUGCCUUGUUUGCAUGAAACCAGACGAGGGCGGUACAAUGUUACCAAUCGAAGGAGAGUUCCCCAAUAUAAACAGGAAUAUUGGCGAUGCAUUGAUUGAUAUUACCUAUCAUAUUCCAAAGCCGAAAUGCGAUCAACUGCCACGGUCAAUUUGUAAGGUGUGCCUAGAAGAGUUGGAACACUUUGUGGCCUACCGCAGUAAACUGAUGCUAACGCUACGGUUUAUGGAGGCCCUGCUGGAUCUACGCGAUUCUAAGCCGCAGCCGUUAGCGAAUCUUUUCCAAACAUGCAAACCAGAAGUGGAUGAAUUUUUUAAAAAACUCAAUCUGUGCAAUAAGGAAGAUGCUGCAUUUGAAGAUCUUCUAAAGGAGCUUUCAGCUUACGAAACAACUGGGACACAAGAAUCAAUUGUAAAAGUAGAAUUGUUAGAGCUAGCGAUAGAUGUGGUCGACGAAUCUGACACAAAGAACGACGAGAAAUCCGAUGCUGGUUCGGAAGGUGUAGAUUUUAAGUAUGAUAGUGCUUGUGAAAACGAUUUUAAAAGCGACGAUGAGUGGGAAUCUAACGAAACGCUCUCUGUUGAAUCACCAGAAAGAAGGGAACCUACUAGGAGAACCCUUCGUCGAAGGAAACGUACUAUACGGGAUAGGAAAAUUUCGACAGCCGAGAAGAAAAGCAAACUUGAAGCUAGCGCAAACAUCGAAAGUACAAGCAAAAAGAAAAGAGGUCGACCAAGAAUUCAUCCGGACGGGACGUUUCUAAAGGAACCUUGGUCUUGUGAUAAGUGUAAGUUCAAAACAAAGUACCGACUAGCGGUAGAGCGACACAAAGCCGUUCAUUUGAAGCGUGAAAACCGAACCUACACCUGUUCGGAAUGCGCGGAGGUUUUUAAAACCUACGAGGAAAUGAGAACCCACAGUAUGAAUCAUCCACAGAAUCAGGUGGUCUGUGAAGUGUGCGGAACGUCGUUGAAAAAUGCCUACUCACUCAAAGCUCACAUGGAGCGGCAUGAAGAUAUCAGAAAGUAUUGCUGCGAGUACUGCGAUUAUGCUUCCAACACGAAGCUCGCCCUGCAGGCCCACAUGAGCAUCCACACCAAGAAUGGCUGGAACAAACGGUGUGAGGUGUGCGGAGUCGUUUUUCGAACGACAAGCCGCUUGAAACGCCACAUGGAAAGUCAUGACAAUGAGCGAAAGUACGCUUGUGAGCAGUGCCCGGUCCGAUUCAACACUACCAAUGCGCUGAGAAAUCAUUUCAUUCGCGUUCACCUAGCGAUACGCCACGCUUGUGAUUAUUGCGAGAAAACUUUCGACCAGAAAAUCGCUUUGAGGGAUCACAUCGAACGAAUACAUCAUAUUCAGUGUACUUUUAUAUGUGACAUAUGUGUUAUUACCUACGACAGUCGGCAAAAACUUGAAGCGCACAAGCAACGCCACAGCAAUCCCAAACCAAUGGAAUGUAGUGUCUGUUUAACUUUGCAUCUUAAUCAAACUGAUUUCGACAAGCACUUGUGCAUCACGUAUCGGCAGGAUUAUCAGUGCUGUAACAAAGACCUGCGCAACCACAUCCAGUACAAUAAGCAUAUGAUGGUGAAACAUGGUUUGCGCACGAAUGCUCGGGUGAAACCGAUCCCCGGUGUACUGUUGGGUGAGCUGCGAGCCGCACGGAAGCGACUAGAGCAGUGUCGCAAGUGCGACAUUGCCUUUCCAUCUAGGGCUCUCAAGUUGCAACAUUUGGCAAUCUGCAAUCGGCAAAACGAACUGCAGUAUACUGUUCCGGCUGAUAGCCAGGAGCCCGCCGCUGGCUUGAGUUCUGCAUUCUAAGAAUG